AUGUGUGCGGGAAUCUACAAAAAUACGACUUUUACUCAAUUGGUUGAGAUUGUAUACACGGUGACAGGAAUUGAUAAAACAAGGUACGACAUCACCAUUCAUUUUGUAACGGAACACUCAAGCGAACUUCCAGCUACCAAGUUCCCUAUCAAGGACGACCACGGUGUCAGGUUUAUUAUGUGCGAUGACAGAAAAUAUAAAGUGAUGUAUGUUGAUAUGAUUUGUAAAGAUGUUGGAGUUUGUAACCUACGUAGUGGUGGUAAUCAAGAUUCAGGUGCUGUUCCAUUUACAUCUGCACAUAGUCCACUACAAAAUGAUGAUUUUGGUACAUAUGGUAUGGACGGUUUGUCAGAUGACGCUCCAGACACGAAUGAUGAUUGUGAUAAUGAAACUGAUGAUAAUAUUGACGACAACGAUGGUGAUAAUAGUGAUAGUGGUGGUGAUGAAAGAGGAGUGAGUCCAGAGUACCCAGAAGUAAGAUUUUCAGGUUCACAAUUUGAGGACAACCAUUUACAAAGAAACUGGAUCAUUCCUGGUGUAGAAAAUUAUGCAAUUGAGGAAACAAGACCCGAAGUGUCAAUUCCAUACCAAGGUGAUCUUUUACACAUGGGUGCACUCUUUAGAAGUAAACAGGAACUAAUUUUGGCAUUUGGACAAUAUUGUGUUGAUGUGAAGAUGGACUAUCGAGUCAGACGUUCGUGCACAAUUCGAUUUGAGGCUGGUUGCAAGGAUGUGAACUGCAAAUUUAUGCUUCGUGCAAGAUGCAGACCUGGUUGUUCGUUUUGGCAUGUGGUGAAAUUUAUGCCGAGUCACACGUGUACUCCGGAUGUCUACGAUUCACAUUUUCGAAGUGUGAAGGCUAUUGUCAUCAGAAGUUUGUUCUCUGAAAGAGUGACGAGUAGUGAAUAUACACCUAGAAUGCUAAUGGGGGAGUUGUUGGAGCAACAUGGUGUGCAGAUUAUGUACACUAAAGCUUGGAGGUCUUUACAACAUGCAAAGAUACUUACUUAUGGUAAUGCGGAUGAAUCAUAUCAGCAACUACCCUCAUAUUUUCACAUGUUAAAAGAAACAAAUCCUGGCAGCAUCACGGCAAUAGAGACAGAUGAAAAUAAUUGUUUUUUAUAUUCAUUUUUUGCACUCGGAGCUUGCCUUCAUGGUUUCCAGUCUUACAUAAGACCGGUUGUUGUCGUUGAUGCCACACAUUUGAAAGGUGAACACAAAUGGAUGAUAUUCGUUGCCACUUGCAAAGAUGGGGAGGAAAUGAUUUAUCCCAUCGCUUUUGGAUUUGGAGAUGGUGAGUCUGACAGAUCAUGGAUAUGGUUUUUGACGAAAUUGAGAGAGGCUAUCGGAGUGAGAGAAGAUUUAGUCAUUGUUUCUGAUCGUCACCAAAGCAUUGCGAAUGCGAUGAGUCGUGUCUUCCCUUCUGUCCCACAUGUCUUUUGUUUCUUCCACCUUAAGCAAAACUUGAAGAAACGUUAUAGACAACGAAAAGAUGUGAUGACUGCAUUCUACCUUGCAGCAUACAGCUACACCACAAUAGAGUGUGAUACAUACUUGGCAGAAAUACAAUCGAUGCAUCCUCAGACUCAUCUGACAUUGAUGGAAGCAAGACCGGAAAAGUGGUCACGAGCAUAUUGUCCAAGAAGAAGAUAUUCCAUGAUGACCACCAACAUUGCCGAGUCUCUCAAUAAAUGCAUGAUGAAAGCACGUCGGUUGCCUAUAACAAGUGCACAUGAAUUUUUGAGACAUAUGCUUCAGAAAUGGUUUAGUGAUAGGCGUGCUGCAGCUGCCAGACUCGAAACCAUUGUGACCUCCGCUGCAGUGGCACAUGUCAAUUUGGCGCAUGCCAAAACAUUAGACCGAGGAUGUCGUGUAGUUCCUGUAAUACAAGGGAACAAAUACCUCGUGCAACAUGCAAAGGAAGGCGAUGGGAUAGUUGACAUUGUUGCGAGUACAUGUAGUUGUCGCAAGUGGGACAUUGAUCAAAUGCCAUGUCUUCAUGCAAUUGCUGUUAGCAGUUUCAUGAGGGUGCACUACCAUAUGCUUUGCCAUUCAUAUUACACCGCAGAUUGGGUCAGACGUGCAUAUGCACCUCCCAUCAAUCCUCUCCCUAACAAGGCUACUUGGAUUCUUCCAGCGUACGUCAGACAAAUGGUUAUACUCCCACCUGUGCAAAGAAGACAACCGGGUAGAUCGAGAAAUGGUCGGAUUCCUUCCAUGGGGGAAGCUCGUCGAAAAAAAAAUGUGGAAAAUGCGGUGAACUAG